AUGGAAAAAUUACGCAUUGAACAGUUAACAAUAGUUGAUGCAUCUUGGCCAUUGUUAAAGCAAAUAACUCGGAUUACUGUAAGAUCUCUUCGACUGAUACGAUGUGGAAUAACGGAGAUUGAAGCAGAUGCUUUUCUGCCUAUCGCUGACAUACUGGAAAAGUUGGUCAUUGUUAAUAACUCGCUCGUUAAUUUAGCUACGCUUGGUUCUUUGCCUAAACUGCAGCUGCUUAACCUCGAUUACAACAAAUUAAAUGUGUUAUCGAAGGACGUGUUUAAAAGACUUGGAAAAUUAAAGCAUCUUAGACUGGAAGGUAAUAUGCUCAGCGAGUUGCCAAGGCAACAUGAAACAAGUGCAAUUUCCAGAGACCUACUGAAAGAUGUCGGAGAAACGUUAGAGCUACUAGAUUUGAGUAACAAUGCUCUUACGACGGUUCCUUCGGAUGCUCUCUCAACAACGAAAAACUUAAGAUAUCUCGACCUUUCUUACAACAAAAUAAGUACUCUUCGUAAAAUAGACCUACGUCAUAUGGAUAAGUUAAUAGAAAUUCGGCUGAAUGACAAUGCAUUAACAAGCAUUGGUGAUGGAGCAUUUGAUGAACUCACUCAGCUACAGUACCUUUACUUGCAACGGAACGGUCUUACUAACUUCGAUUCUUCAAGACUCCUCGACGGGUUAAAAAAACUUGAGGUGUUGGACCUCUCAUGUAAUAAUCUCGAAAAGGUACCCCACUUGCACAACCAUCCAAAUGUUCGGCAAGUAAAGUUCGAUAGUAACAAAAUUCGUGUUCUUAGGAGUUCCACUUUCAAGAAUAAUCCGAGACUGCAACUUUUAAGUUUACAGAACAACCGUAUUGAUUCGUUGGCUGAUGGGACAUUUCACGAACUGAAGCAACUAACAAUUCUUCUUCUGGAGAAUAACCUUAUUCACAGACUUAUGCUCAGGGGAGCCCCAAGGCUACAACAACUAAACCUUCGUAACAAUUCCUUGAAUGAACUGGAAAACAAUACUUUCCAGUUUGUUCCUGAAUUGAAAAUAAUUGACUUGUCUUACAAUGGUUUACACCGUAUCCCAAGAAAUUUAUUUGUUCCUUUACGCAGUGUGGUUUGGUUGGAUCUUUCGUUUAAUGCUCUGUCGUCUUUUGAAGAAGGAACAUUCAACUCCAGAAUUCCUCAUAUUAUUUUAGUUGGUAACCCGCUGGAAUGCGAUGCAAAGAUAGACUGGUUUGUUGCCUAUCUGAUAAAAAACCAAGUUCGUACACAACUGCCACUUCACCCAUACGUAACAUGCACUUCUCCAAAGAAGUAUGUCGGAGUACGGUUGCAAGAUUUGAUAACGAAAAAAGCGGAAGAUACGUUGAAUGCGGUUGGAAAUUCUUUUAAUCCCAAACCAGCGAGGAGCCAACAAGACUUCUUAUCAAAACUACUUCCCUCCACCUUGGGUAGGCUGAUUCCCGGGUUCACACCACCGCCACCUCCAAAUCCAGUUGCCGAUGUUCCUGUCAUUGGAGGAAUUGCGGAGGCAGUUCCUGCACUCAGGAACAUUCCUGGCCUUAGUCUCAUACCGAAGCCAGAAGAUCAAAUGGUUAAAGCAAUGCCGAAGCUUGCAAUUCCGCCAAAAAUUGACUUUACACAGUUGCCACCAGAUACAGUUGCUCGGGCUUAUCGUGGAGAGCCUAUUCCUGGAAUUCCCAAAGAGGCUACUGAACUUGGUCUCAAAAAUCACGUCAUUAAAGUCCACCAGUCUGCUGCAGCAAUGUUAAGAGGGGAUUCGCCUUUGAACAACCCGACCCAUCUUUAUGUACUUAAUUCUGUCCCCCCAGAGAUUAUUGCCGAUGUAACGAAAGGUUCAAAGUUACCGCAUCUAAGCGAUGAACAAAUGAAGGUUGUAAAGGACUAUUUUGACAUGAAACUGCCUUCUACAAGAAGUAGUGCGACCGAAAUUGAGGCAAUUGACUUUUCACCAGACAUUCUUAAACUAGUUAAGUUCCUUCCGCCAAACUAUGAUCUGAACAAGAUCCCGAAAGAAGUUAUUCAGUCUUUCGCAAGAGGGGAACUGCCAAAUCCGCAAAACUUGCCUGAGGAUCUCAAGAGUCAUCUAGCUGCCAACUUUGAAAAACUUAUGGUUAAAUUUUCGAAGGUCCGUGACAUCAACGACUAUUUCCAGGAUGAAGAUUAUGAAAAAGUCAUUGAAAAGUUGCCCAGAUUUGAGAGGAUUGAAGUAACCACUUUUAUUCCGUACGACAUAAAUUACGGAGAGAGAAGUGGUAUAAUCGGUAAAAGUUCUAUAAGUAUCAUUUCUGCUGCCGUUGUUAUCGUGCUUUGUGUGCAGAGAGGAAAAAAACUCGUUUCUUCUUCCAAAGACGGAAGCGAGGGGGGCGCGUAUCAAAGACGUUUCGUUAGUCUACCGCGAAGAGAUACAGGAAAGUCGUCAGCUGUUCAUCUGCUAUCUGGAUCAAAAGGCUCAAUCCCAUCCAAAUAA